AUGCGUAUCCCCAAAGGGCGCUCAUUUUCAUUUUGCGUUUCUCUAUUUCCUUCUCCAAAUCCCAAUCCCAUUCUUGAGACCUUUUCGUUUCCUUUUUCGUUCUCUUCGAGAAUUUUAUUCAAUUCCGGCAUUUUUUCUCUUUCGGGUCAAUUUCCGAGUAGGAGGAAAGUGAAUCAUUGCAAAGGUAAUAACCAACUUCAUUCCAGUAUUACGAUGGAUGCCAUGGGUGUAGAUGGAAAAACAUUGCAACUUAAGGGAACCAAUUGCAGUGAUCUUGGCCAGGGUUCCUGUAUAUGGUCGUCUCCUGAAGGAGGACGGAAGAUUGAUAUUGGAAAGCAGAUAUUCUGUAAUAGGUCUUUGAACAUGAAGAACAUCGUUGCUGUUGGAUUUGAUAUGGAUUACACUUUGGCUCAGUAUAAACCUGAGACUUUUGAAUCACUUGCAUACGAAGGCACGAUUAGAAAGCUGGUUUAUGAUUUGCAGUACCCUUCAGAGUUGUUGGAUUGGACAUUUGAUUGGAAAUACAUGGUCAGAGGAUUAGUUCUUGAUAAAAAGAGAGGCAAUAUAUUGAAGAUGGACCGACACAAGUAUGUCAAAGUAGCUUAUCAUGGAUUUAGAGAGAUGUCGAAGGAAGAUAAAGUUGCUACAUAUCGAAGUACUUUGACACGUGACUCAUUUGAUGAACCUGACUAUGCUCUCAUCGAUACCCUUUUCUCUCUGGCUGAAGCUUAUUUAUUUGCUCAGCUUGUUGACUUUAAGGAUAAUAAUCCAGGCAAAAUUUCGGCUGACUACUCUCGAAUGUACAACGAUGUUCGAGCAGCAGUGGAUUUGUGCCACCGUGAUGGUACUUUAAAGCAGAUGGUUGCAAAAGAUCCUAGAAGAUAUAUCAAUGAGGAUACCUCAAUUGUUCCCAUGAUAGAAAUGAUUAAAGAAUCUGGCCGCGCUACAUUUCUGGUGACAAACAGCUUAUGGGACUAUACAAACAUUGUAAUGAACUUCCUCUGUGGGCAGAAAACCAUGAAUAGCUGCUCUGCUACCAAUUUUGAUUGGCUUCAGUACUUCAAUGUUGUUAUUACUGGCAGUGCAAAACCAGGGUUUUUCCAUGAUGAAAAUCGUGCUAAUCUUUUUGAGGUUGAUCCUGAGUCUGGGAUGCUUCUUAACACUGAUAAUGGCACUCCUAUGCCUCCGGUAGAUACUUCGUUAAGGCUGCCGUUGAAUAUAGAUAAGAGAUGCAGAGUUUUUCAGGGAGGAAAUGUUGGCCAUCUGCAUAAACUAUUGUCUAUAGAGUCAAGCUCUCAGGUACUUUAUAUCGGGGAUCACAUCUAUGGGGAUAUUUUACGCAGUAAAAAAGUCUUAGGUUGGAGAACAAUGCUUGUUGUCCCGGAGCUUGAGAGGGAGGUUGAACUUCUCUGGCAGUUGAGAGAUACCCGCAAGCAACUCCAGUUACUGAGGAAUGAAAGAGAUCACAUCGAAGAUGAGAUACAUCAUCUCAAAUGGUGUAUCAGAUUUGAUGGCGUGAAUGAUGACAACGAGGAAAAGCUACUUGCCGAGCUUGACAAACUGAAGUCUCAGAGCGAGCAAGUGCGGCUCAAACAUCAACAAGCUCAACGAGAAUGUCAUCGAAUGUUCCACAAGGUGUGGGGACAAUUGAUGAAGACCGGCUAUCAGAGUUCGCGCUUCGCACAUCAGGUCGAGAGAUUCGCUUGCCUCUAUACCAGCCAAGUUACGAAUCUGAGCCUAUUUGAUGGCGUGAAUGAUGACAACGAGGAAAAGCUACUUGCCGAGCUUGACAAACUGAAGUCUCAGAGCGAGCAAGUGCGGCUCAAACAUCAACAAGCUCAACGAGAAUGUCAUCGAAUGUUCCACAAGGUGUGGGGACAAUUGAUGAAGACCGGCUAUCAGAGUUCGCGCUUCGCACAUCAGGUCGAGAGAUUCGCUUGCCUCUAUACCAGCCAAGUUACGAAUCUGGGCCUGUACUCGCCCGACAAAUACUACAGACCGGGCGAUGAAUUCAUGCCACAUGAAAUCGAUAUCCUGGCUUUAUAG